AUGGCGGCGGGCGGCAGCGGCGGCCGCGCGUCGUGCCCGCCGGGGGUCGUUCCGGGCGCGGGCGGCCUUGGGCCCAGCGCUAACGCGGCGGCCCCGGCCCCCGGCAACGCUGCCGCCGCCGCCGCCGCAUCUCCCGGACCGCCAUCCCCGCCGACACCGCCAGGCCCCGGGGCGGACGCGCAGGCCGCGGGCGCCGAGCGCGACGAGGCGGCGGGUCCGGGCGCGGGGGCGGCGCUGCUGCGCGAGCCGGUGUACAACUGGCAGGCCACCAAGCCCACGGUACAGGAGCGCUUCGCCUUCCUCUUCAACAACGAGGUGCUCUGCGACGUGCACUUCCUGGUGGGCAAGGGGCUCGGCUCGCAGCGCGUCCCCGCGCACAGGUUUGUGCUGGCUGUGGGCAGUGCCGUCUUCGAUGCCAUGUUCAAUGGUGGAAUGGCCACCACAUCCACUGAGAUUGAGCUGCCUGAUGUCGAGCCGGCUGCCUUCCUCGCGCUGCUCAAGUUCCUGUAUUCGGAUGAGGUGCAGAUUGGGCCUGAGACGGUCAUGACCACGUUGUACACAGCCAAGAAGUAUGCAGUGCCAGCGCUCGAGGCUCACUGUGUGGAGUUCCUUAAGAAGAACCUCAGGGCGGACAAUGCCUUCAUGCUUCUCACCCAGGCACGGCUCUUUGAUGAGCCACAGCUGGCCAGCUUGUGCCUGGAGAACAUCGACAAGAACACAUCAGAUGCUAUCACUGCCGAGGGCUUCACAGACAUUGACCUGGACACGCUGGUAGCAGUGUUGGAGCGUGACACCCUGGGCAUCCGGGAGGUGCGGCUGUUCAAUGCUGUUGUCCGCUGGUCUGAGGCCGAGUGUCAGCGGCAGCAGAUGCAGGUGACGCCAGAAAACAAGCGGAAGGUUCUGGGCAAGGCCCUGGGCCUCAUCCGCUUCCCUCUGAUGACCAUAGAGGAGUUUGCCGCAGGCCCGGCGCAGUCUGGCAUCCUAGUAGACCGUGAGGUGGUCAGUCUCUUCCUGCACUUCACUGUGAACCCCAAGCCACGCGUGGAAUUCAUCGACCGACCUCGCUGCUGCCUGCGGGGCAAGGAGUGCAGUAUCAACCGCUUCCAGCAGGUGGAGAGUCGCUGGGGCUAUAGUGGGACCAGUGACCGUAUCAGGUUCUCAGUCAACAAACGCAUCUUUGUGGUGGGCUUUGGGCUCUACGGAUCCAUCCACGGGCCCACGGACUACCAAGUGAACAUCCAGAUCAUCCACACUGACAGCAACACAGUCCUGGGCCAGAACGACACAGGAUUCAGCUGUGACGGCUCAGCCAGCACCUUCCGCGUCAUGUUCAAGGAGCCGGUGGAGGUGCUGCCCAAUGUCAACUACACAGCCUGCGCCACGCUCAAGGGCCCUGACUCCCACUAUGGCACCAAAGGCCUGCGCAAGGUGACCCAUGAGUCGCCCACGACAGGGGCUAAGACGUGCUUCACCUUCUGCUAUGCUGCCGGGAACAACAACGGCACAUCGGUGGAGGACGGCCAGAUCCCAGAGGUCAUCUUCUACACCUAGCGCCCGCGGCCCAGCCAGGCCCCAAGGUCUGCACCUAGUUCACCCCAUGAUGCGUUCUGGCCAGCCUCCCUCAACCCAUGCCCACUCCCUGCCACUUCUCUGAGCUUCACGGAAGGGGCUUCCGUGUUCACAGUGACAAGUCAACCACCUGUCCAGUGGCACUGAGAGGUGAUGGGUCAUAGGCUGGCACCCUGUUGAGACAAUUCCUGGCCUUGGGUGGGCACAGGACUGUGCCUGACCCUGGCCCAGGGUGGAGUGCUGUGUGUGGGUGCAGGCAUCCCACCGGGGUCCCUGCAGCUCAGGGUGCCUGGCCAUCCUGGGGCCAGGGAAGUUAUGUCUGUUCAACUGCACACCGCAAUGCAUUCGAGUCCUGAUCUCAGCAGCUCCUCAAGCUGCUGCUCUGGGUCUUGUGUCCUUUUGUUCUUGUCUACUCCCUGGGAGUCUGGCCUGCCAUGCACCUGACUCCAUCUUGACCCCUGACCUGCUGGGCAUUCCCAUCUCUAGGACACUGUCCAAGUCCUGGGGAGCAGGUCUCAGUUGGGGGACUGGCAGUCUAUGCUGUGCCAAUGCACAGCCUGGGUCUAACAGUGGGCCAGUGAGGGGCUUUGCCUUCCUGCCUCACUUUGAGGCCAGAAUGUGGGAGCAGGCCUCAGCCCUGGGCCUGGGUGGCCAUGCUGUCAGUUGGACCCCACAGAGAUGCAGCAAACCCCAACAAACCUGACAUGGCCUAGGGGUGCCACCCACUGCCCCCUGUACAUACUGCAACCCUGGCCCUUGGCUACCAAGCAUCCUGUCCUGAAGAGCCAUGUGCAAGAAGGAAGGCCCAGUCGGCUGCCCUAGACCGCCACACCCCUUUGUGCCCCAGUGACCCCUCCUGGAAACUUCUUCCCAAAGCCAUGGAGGUGUGCCCUCCACAGUGUAUCCCCAGAUGAUUUUUUUAAAAUAAAGCAAAGAAACACGUUA